AUGGCCAGCAUCAUGUCAUCGCGCCUCGUCCGCCUCUCCGCACCCCUCGCGCACCUUCGGGCCACCGCAGUGCCUACCCGGGUCUUCAUCUCUCGCUACAGCACCAGCACCGAAGAAGAAGUCAUCAAGACCCAGCAAAUCCCAGCCCCGGGCUCUGGGCAUGUGCGCGUACUACAACUGAACCGGCCCCAGGCCCGUAACGCGAUCUCCACCCACUUACUCGAUACACUCUCGAAGCAUGUGGACGAAAUCGCCGCGGAAGGAGGUAAAGGGCCAACCCGCGCAUUGGUUAUUUCGAGCAGUGCAGAUGCAGCCUUCUGCGCCGGCGCCGACCUGAAGGAACGCGCAAACAUGUCCAUGGCCGAGACUGAAGAUUUCCUCCUCAAGCUCCGCGCUACAUUCAAAAAUCUCGCUUCCCUACAGAUCCCCACCAUCUCCGCUGUCUCCUCCACGGCCCUCGGUGGCGGCCUGGAGCUCGCCCUGUGCACCCACCUGCGCGUCUUCGCGUCAUCCAGCGUCGUCGGCCUCCCCGAGACCCGCCUCGCGAUUAUCCCCGGUGCAGGCGGCACCUACCGACUCCCUGCGGUUGUCGGAGUGAACCGCGCCCGGGACAUGAUCAUCACCGGUCGCCGGGUGACUGGACCCGAGUCUUACUUCAUUGGCCUUUGUGACCGGCUAGUGGAGGUGCUGCCUGAGGAGGAGGCACAGGAAGGUGUCGCACGCGAACGAGUCCUGCGUGAGAGUAUCAAGCUGGCGCUAGAUAUUUGCGAAGGUGGACCUAUUGCUAUCAGGAUGGCUUUGCAGGCUGUCGAUGCUCAUGCUUUGGGUGAGCGGGCAGAGAAUGCCGCUUAUGAGGGAGUCAUCGAGACUGAUGAUCGGUAUGAGGCGCUGCGCGCCUUUGUCGAGAAGCGGAAGCCGGCGUUCCGUGGGAAAUAA